GGCGGAAGGGGCGGGACUGGCGGGAGGCGCGGGAGGCGAGCGGUCGAAUAUGUCCGGGGGCAGCAGCUGCAGUCAGACCCCGAGCCGGGCCAUCCCCGCCACUCGCCGGGUGGUCCUCGGCGACGGCGUGCAGCUGCCGCCCGGGGACUACAGCACGACCCCCGGCGGGACGCUCUUCAGCACCACCCCGGGAGGGACCAGGAUCAUCUAUGACCGGAAAUUCCUGAUGGAGUGUCGGAACUCCCCUGUGGCCAAAACGCCCCCCAGGGACCUGCCCACCAUCCCUGGAGUCACCAGCCCUAGCAGUGAUGAGCCCUCCAUGGAAGCCAGCCAGAGCCACCUUCGCAGUAGUCUGGAAGACAAGCCAGCGGGCAGUGAAGAGUCACAGUUUGAGAUGGACAUUUAAGGGACCAGCCAUCGGAUGGAGCGGUCCUUCCAGGCUCCUCAGGCCUUCUCGGGAACAACAGCCAGCCUCAGGAACACUCGCAUCCCGGGCAGGGGUUGGGUGUGGGGCUGGCCACCUGCCCUUGCCUCACUCAGGGCUCCUGCCCCUCCUCUGAACACCAGCACAGACCUCCUCGUGCCUCUAAUGUGAGAGCUGCUACCCAAGGGGUCUCUCUUGUCCUUACCCUGCAACCAAGUGCCAGCAAGUGGACAAUGGAAGCCUUUCUGAAUGAUCUUCGGGCUCACUCACCCCUUCCUUAGGUUGGGGAGCCUGGGAAAGCUCCCCUUCUCUUCCUUCUCCAAGAGGAAAUAAAAGCCACACUCACCCUAGGGCCACAACAUGGCCCUGUCUGAGCUCUUUAUAGCUCCCUUCCGUCUGUUCACUCAGGGGUGUGGUGCGCUUCCCUUUA